CUACUUCUCAAUUAUGCUUCGUGUAAUUUGGGCCUUUGUGUCCUCACCCAGGAGCAGUCUGAGGUGCCCUCGUCCUCCCAUGCGAGGCAGAAACUGGAGGGGCUCCUGAACAAGAACAUGAGGAUCCGCAUGACCGACGGGAGGACUCUGGUGGGGCUCUUCCUCUGCACAGACCGGGACUGCAACGUCAUCCUGGGAUCUGCUCAGGAAUUCCUCAAAUCCUCAGACACCUUCUCCCAGGCUGAGCCCAGGGUCCUGGGCCUGGCCAUGAUCCCCGGCCACCACGUGGUGUCCAUCGAGGUGGAGGCGGAGAGUCUGGAGGAGACGCAUAGUUUUGGGGGCAGCCACUGA